AUGGGAUAAAACAUAGAAAUUGAUAAAAAUAUUCAUAAAGAAAAUUUUCAUUUAAUGAGUACCUUCACAGCUAAGAGAUCUUAAAUGAUUAUCUAGAACAUUUUAUUAUUAAAAAAAAAUAACCAAAUAAUAAGAUAAUCUUUAUACAAGAUGAUUUAGGCAUAUUUUUCAAAAGUCGAAUUGGAUGAUACUAAGGGUUAUGAGGAUAUAAAAUAAGCAAUUCGAAAAUUAGUUGAAUGGCCGUUAAAAUAUCCUGAAUAAUUUAAAAAAAUUAGGAAUUAAAGGAAUUUUGAUUUAUGGUCCUUCUUGAAUGUUCAUAAUUAUAUUACUUAUGUAUCUAGUGUAUUUAGCUUUUAUAGUAAUUAAAUAGUCUUGAUAUAUUUAUUAAAUAUCAUUAAAAUAUGUCAUAAUUAUUGCUAUUACAAAUAUAUCAGAUUCUAGUGA